AUGUACGAGAUGGAGAGAUACAAGCUUGCAGCGGCGAAAAGAUCUCAGAAGCAACUCCAAAAGAUCAAGAUCCAUAAUUUGGUGGAGCAACUGGAAAAGCUGGAGUUGAGGACCCGAGCCUGCUAUCACAAGUACCUGGACUUCAAAGGGGAGACGCUGGCAUGGAUGAUGGCCAUCGACGCGUCGUUCUUGCUUGAGUUCCUCCGAGUCUAUGCAAUCAAAGAAGGUACGAUGCUCUCCAGGGUCUCAUCGAGGAUGUCACAUUUGGUCGAUUACACAGGAAGGAAGUCUGCACACAAUGCCAUCCUUAAAGACAUAGUCAUGCUAGAGAAUCAAAUCCCACUUUUCAUAUUGAGGAAGAUGCUGGAAUUCCGAUUCACAUCCCUCGACGAAGCUGACAACAUGUUGCAUGGGAUGCUAAUGGGGUUUUACAAGGAAGUCUCACCUUUCAAACUGAUGGAGGCGCUGCCCAAGAUACAAGUCUCAGUCUGUGCCCACUUGCUAGACUUCCUGUAUGAAACCAUAGUACCCAAAGUGCAGGAACAACCCGAGAUUGUUGAGGAGGAAGGUGAGGAGGAAGGUGAGGAGGAAGGUGACAACGAGGACAAGGAAGGAAAGGCAAAAUCACCAUGGUCAUUGUUGUCUUCCAGCGGCACAAAUUAUAUUAGGCCACUUUGCGAUCAAAUUUGGAACUUGCUCUCCAAGGUGAUCAAAGGCCCGAUUGAAACUGUCAAGAGGCUGCUUCUUUCAAACCGAGCGAAGGUAUUGAAAUUGCCAUUGACUAUUCUGUCUAAAAUCCCAUUGUUGUCAGUCUUGGCACAGCCUCUUGAGUCCUUAAUCUCAUCCCAAGUAAAAGAAGAGGGCAUGUCAGAAAAUGAAAACAGCAAUCCUCACGAGCCACCUUCAGUGGAGGAGAUCACAAUCCCCUCGGUCUCUGACCUAUCCAAUGUAGGAGUCCGUUUUGUAUCCACCAAGGGUAACCUCUCUAGCAUCAGUUUCGACGCCAAGUUGGCAACACUUUACUUGCCAGCCAUAACUCUGGACGUGAGCUCGGAGGUGUUCAUGAGGAACCUAGUCGCUUACGAGGCAUCCAACGCAACAGGCCCAUUGGUUUUCACUCGCUACACCGAACUCAUGAAUGGCAUUAUAGACACUUCCGAGGACGUGAAGCUGUUGAGAGAGAGAGGGGUCAUUUUGAACCAACUGAAGAGUGACGAGGAGGUCGCGAAGCUGUGGAACGGGAUGAGCAGGUCGAUCCGGUUGACAAAAGUGCCCUUCUUGGACAAGGCGAUCGAGGACGUGAACAAGUACUACAACGGGAGGUGGAAGGUUAAGCUCAGCAAGUUCACGAAGCAGUACGUGCUCAGCCCAUGGAAAUUCCUGGCAAUGCUGGCUGGGAUUGUAGUCCUGAUGCUCUUGACAUUGCAAGCCUUCUGCUCGGUCUAUAGCUGUUCUCGCGUAUUCCAUAUCAAAGCCCCAAGCAUAUGA